GUCCCGCCUCGCUGAGCCGCCACCAGCAGUGGGAGCCGCGCUCUGAGCUGCAGACACUGCGCUCGGCUGAACCGGCGCCCUGGGGCCAGAGCGCGGGGCCGGGUGCGAGAGCCGGCGACUCCGGGCUGCAGGUGCGCGGCGACUCGGGCUGAGAAGGACCAGGAGCGCGAGGUUCAGCGCCAACCAGGGCGCCCCCUGCUUCGCCCCGCCUGUCUCUGGGAGCCAAAGCCCCGCAGGUGCCGCCUCUCCUCGCCUUCCCGCUGCAGCCGCCCACCAUGGACUCCCCGGUCCAGAUAUUCCGCGGGGAGCCGGGCCCCACCUGCGCCCCGAGAGCCUGCCAGCUCCCCAACAGCAGCGCCUGGUUCCCGGGCUGGGCCGAGCCAGACGGCAACGCCAGCGCCGCCUCGGAGGACGCGCAGCUGGAGCCCGCGCACAUCUCCCCGGCCAUCCCGGUCAUCAUCACGGCGGUCUACUCCGUGGUGUUCGUCGUGGGCUUGGUGGGCAACUCACUGGUCAUGUUCGUGAUCAUCCGGUACACAAAGAUGAAGACAGCAACCAAUAUUUAUAUAUUUAACCUGGCUUUGGCAGACGCUUUAGUUACGACCACCAUGCCCUUCCAGAGCACCGUCUACUUGAUGAAUUCCUGGCCUUUCGGGGCUGUGCUGUGCAAGAUAGUCAUUUCCAUCGACUACUACAACAUGUUCACCAGCAUCUUCACCCUGACCAUGAUGAGCGUGGACCGCUACAUCGCUGUGUGCCACCCCGUGAAGGCUCUAGACUUCCGCACGCCCCUGAAGGCAAAGAUCAUCAACAUCUGUAUUUGGCUCCUGUCCUCCUCUGUGGGCAUAUCCGCAAUCGUCCUCGGAGGCACCAAAGUUAGGGAAGACGGGGAGGUCAUCGAGUGUUCCUUGCAGUUCCCGGAUGAUGACUACUCCUGGUGGGAUCUGUUCAUGAAGAUCUGUGUCUUCGUCUUUGCCUUUGUGAUUCCCGUCCUCAUCAUCAUCGUCUGCUACACCCUGAUGAUCCUGCGCCUGAAGAGCGUCCGGCUCCUUUCUGGCUCUCGGGAGAAAGAUCGCAAUCUCCGCCGGAUCACCAGGCUGGUGCUGGUGGUGGUGGCGGUCUUCAUCGUCUGCUGGACCCCCAUCCACAUCUUCAUCUUGGUGGAGGCUCUGGGCAGCACCUCCCACAGCACGGCUGCCCUCUCCAGCUACUACUUCUGCAUCGCCUUGGGGUACACCAACAGCAGCCUGAACCCCAUCCUCUACGCCUUCCUUGAUGAAAACUUCAAGCGGUGUUUCAGGGACUUCUGCUUUCCCAUUAAGAUGAGGAUGGAGCGACAGAGCACCAGCAGAGUCAGAAACACGGUUCAGGAUCCUGCCUACAUGAGGGAUGUGGAUGGGAUGAAUAAGCCAGUAUGACUAGUCGUGGAGAUGUCUUCUUAUAGUUCUUCAGGAAGAGAAGAGGUCAACGAUCUAGGUCUCACUCAGAUUACUACUGCAGUCUGAGAUGAAAAGAGACUUUUUAAUAAACUUUCUGAAAUCUCAUGGUCUAAAGUCCUAAGAUACAGACUGCAUUGGCCAUCCAGGUCGGUGGAAACAUGAAGGCUGCCAGGAAGGAGGGCAGAAGGUUCGAGCAACAAACCUGACUCUUCUCUAGGGCACGGAAGGCAGGCUGGCUCUCGGUUCCUCCAAGGAACAAAGAACAGGCCUUUCCUUCUGGUGACCUAUAUUUAGGUCAGCACCCAUCUCUUGUGGCCUUCCUAUGCAAUGUGGUUUCAAAACCUCUAUUUAAGAGAAAAGGAAAAGGCAAAAAAACACAUUGGUUUCAGAGCUCAGUGGACAUCCAAUCCAGAUGUUAACAAUGACAGCAACAACCUCAAAAAGAAUGAGAACCAUUUCCAGGGUUCACACCCAGCUCACUUUAUGCUGUGUGGACAUGCAUUUUGUGGGGUGAUGUGGUGAGAACUGCAGCUGAAGUGUGAUUGGGCCCACACCUGAGGCAUCUGAUAUUCAUGUAUAGUAGAACAUCAUCUCGAUAUUUAUGAAAUUACUUAAACAUGUAAAAAGUGGUUUUUAACAAAGUUCAAUUUCUUUAAAACUAGUUAUUGUUUUUUACUUAGCAUGCUAUUCAGGUAAAUAAUCUUAUGGCAAAGCAUGUCCCGAUGUCAAGAAACAUAAAGUGGUUUGAAUACCACUGAAAAAAUAUACAGCUUCAUCUGUAAAUAAUGAUACACGUGCAAAUAAGGAAUGGGUUUGCCUUCUAGCCAGGGGAUUCCCAAGGGCACAGUAAUGAUCCCGGAGUUAUUAAGAGUUGAUGCUGAGACUUUUUGCUGGUAGUCGGUCAUGGCGGGAUCUCUUUCCAACUUCCCGGACCCCAUUUAGUCCUUUGUCGUUUAACAGUGCUCAUAACUCAUGUUAAUGAGUCAUGAAACCUUUAACUUUCUCCCAGGUUGUAGCCUUGGCAGAAUCUAGCCUGUUUGUAGCAUCUCUUUAUAGCUGUUACCAGAUUCCCUGUAUUUAUGGGGAGGAAGAUGUUUUGCUUAUGGAGGUCUCAAGAUACUACUCUGUGGCUUUCGGCAAGAAAGUAGAAUUGUUCCUAAAUGUGUGCUGAAUGGGAACAUUACGGUGCUCGGAGUUCCUGGACACACCUUGCACUGUGUUCUGUGAAGAACACACCUGCUGAGGAUAAUGUCAUGAGCAACACAUUUAGGAUAAUUUUGCUAAAAUUUCCAGAUGACAUAGAAAUUCCCUCUUUUUUUCCCCCUGAAAUGUAUGGUUUCAGAGGUAAUGGAUUUUUCUGUAAUUUUCCUGGGAAGAAAAAAGGGAUAAUUUAGAAAUAACACCCAUUUCUAAGCCUAUAUCUUAUUAGGGCAGCACCCUUUGCAAUUUAAUAGAAAAAUCAAAUGUAAAGCCCUGUAUAACUGUAGACACUAUUGCAUCUGUAAGUGCUGUUCACCAUGCAUUUUCUUUCUAGUGUAUAGCCUCUCUCCUUUUGGAAAUAAAAACUCACGUUGAAGGUUUUACAUGUGGUUUCACAAUUUUACCCUUAUCAUAUUUGUGUCUAUUCCAGAUUGUCAUGACACCUAACACCAAUGACUGAAGGCAGCAUGGCAGGGAUUUUUCCUAGUGAAAAUGAAGCACUCUUUUGAGUAUUUCUUAAAUUUCUUUGACAUUCCUAGAUGUCCUUAUAUUAUUAUAACUGAAUGAUUGGCUUAAAUACUGGUUUAUACUAACGCCUUAGUUAAAAAUCUUGGUUAUCAUAUAGGAAAGAUGUCUUUAUAGAGAGUAGUUUCAGAAACAAACCCCACUAGAACAGGAAAUAUAAAAACCUCUUUAUAAAACAGCAAAACCCAGGAAAUUUUCCUCUUAGCUUCUUACCCAGUGCAAAACACAACAGAAAUACAAUCAUGGAAUGAAAUCAGAGCAGUGUGUUCUCUUUAAACCAGCGCUGCCUGUGCUUCCGUGGCAUUAACUACCAUUCACGGAGUCUGAACUGUUUGCCUGAUUUCUUCUGCAUCUUUGCACGUGGAAGUUUGCGCACAAAGAGAAAGAGAAGUAACACCCAAGAAGGGUCGUUCCUCCCAAGCUUCUCCGUUUUUGUUAAUACUGGCUUCCCAAAGCUGAAAAGAGAGAAGAUGGAAAUGUCGUUUUAGGACAUUGCUUUACAGGAAUGGUGAUGUCAAUCCCACGCCAGGAAAGACGCCACUCACAAAUGUGUCUCUUUGCCGAAGUGUAUAGGUUCACAUGCGAGUGUGUGUGUCCUGCCAUGAACAGCGAUCAUAUUGCCAUUCGCUCAUCAUUCCCUACAAUGUGUUUGUCCGAGACUUACUACCUCUGAGAUAUCUCCCACUUUUGAUGCUCCUUUCUUCAACCUCAAUGGGAGGGCAUUGUCUGCUGUGUCUCUCUGAGACCAGACCUGCACGUGUCCAACCUUGAGAUGGGCUCUCCACAUGAACCCUAUGUGCCCACGCAGAAAGUGCAGAGAAAUGAACCAGCCAUGCAUGGUGAGGAGGAAACCUGCAACUCGGAACUGGAGGACAAUGGAAACACUCUCAGUGUCUCAGACUACUUAGGAAUCUAAGAGUGUCCCUGAGACUUAAAAUCAAAAUGCCAGGCUUAAUCCUAAAAAGAAAAUAUAAUUUUGGGGAAAAAAAUCAAGAAAUAUUCACAUAUAUCUGAAGAAGAUGGUUCCAUUCUGUGAUAUGUUACUGAGAAAUAAAAGUCCUUAAACUUGUAUAACUAUUAUGAGACAAUUUAUAGAUGUUUCUGGCUUUAAAUUGGAGUUUUUUAGAUAGAAAACUGUGACAAAGUUGUAUGUCCUUUCAGUGAGAUUUAUUUCCUAACCAAGAGUUGUUUGGAUGAUUCAGCAUAAAUAUGAGAAUCUCAACCAAAAAGAGCAUAAACUCAUUUGCCCUAAGGCAAUUUUCUUCUCUGAAACAAAAGUGUAUUCACAUAUUCUUUAUUAUAAUGUAUAUUAUUUAUUUAUAUCUCAUACUUUUAAAGAUGAUAAUUAUGCAUUGUAUAUAUGAUUGUGUGCCUUGCAAUAAAAUCAAAAUUGUACCUGCUAAAAAUCA